GUGAAAGAGGCAGCAUCCAUUGAAUUGAAAUUGAACAGAAAUAACCGUCGUCCGUGGUCAUGAUGAUGAAGACUGCAUGCAUAAUACUGGUGGCAAUCUUAGUGGCUUUUCCGGCAGGCAGCGGGCAAUCGUCUCCUCCUCCGGCGGCAGGAGGCUGUGCUGACUCUGUGAUCUCCUUCUCGCCUUGCCUUCCGUUCAUAUCGGCACCGCCUAAUGACCUGGCGAGUCAACCCUCGCCUCAGUGCUGUGACAUCUUCAACGGAGCCUUUGAUUCCGACGAAGCCGAAUGCCUCUGCUACCUUGUUCGUCACAACAGCCUUCUCGGUUUUCCUCUCAACCUCACCAAACUCCUCUCGUUAUCAGAUCUCUGCUCGGAGACUAACUCCCUCGCCUCCAUCUGUUCAGGUUCACCGACACUGCCACCUCUCAUGGCCACCCCAAGGAAGCCCCCUUCAGGUUCUACUAAUGCACGGCGCACACCUCCUCCCCUACUUCAUCCUCCACCGUCCACAAUCAUCAUGCCCAGACCUGCUCCAUCCACACAGAACGCCGCCGCCACUAAGCCAUCUACAUCAGACCACAGUAACCAUCCUGAUGAUGCUUUUUUCUGGUUAUUGGUGUUUGGAAUCCUAUAUUUCAUCAUCAUUCACCAGAAUAUAGCAGGUAUGGGACUUAAUCAGACAUAGAAUGCUUUUGUGUUUUUGUUUUCUCAACUGCAACUUCAUUACACGAUUUGAUAGAUGUGAAUAAAGAAUGUGCAAUUAUACAUGCUAAUGAAUGAAUCAAUGCUAUGUCAGUCAGUGGUCUAAUGUGCUUUCUUUCUUUA